UACCUCAUCCCCUGUUUCCAUGUUCACACCUGCUCCACCUCUUCCACUGCAAAUUUCAUCUCCCUCUCUGUCAGAGGCAAUCCUCCCAUCUCCACCCUCUCCGUCUCUCAGUGACUUUCAGACAACAGAAGACGUCAACUGCACUCUGACGAUGACUCCGUCCAUUCUGGUGGUCAGGUUUGGAGAUCCAGUCAAAGCGACCUGCUCUGUACCAAAGAUGAGAUUUUAUGGUCUUGGCUGGGAAGUCUCACUGGCAUCUCCUGAACUCAUGAUGAAUCGGACUCUGGUCUGGAGUGUUGACAAGAUGACUGAAUGGAGCAUUAAGCCUAAAUGCUACGCGCUAUCUGAAAAGGGGGACUGCCACAUAGAGCUCCCUGUAAUAGUCUACAAGCCUCCAGAUAACGUGUCCAUCAGCUUUGUUAAUCACACAGGGCCGAUGUUUGAGGGUCAUCAGUACACUCUGCAGUGUUCAGUAGAGAAAGUGGCUCCUGUUGAAAACCUCGUUGUGACCUUCUACAGAGGACGGAGAGCACUGGGUCAACGAUGGUCCAAACACAACGACACAGAGAAGAAACCACUGACUGAGAUCUUCUCUUUAGACAUCAUCCCCAGUAAAGAACACAAUGGAGCCCAGUAUUGGUGUGAAGCAAAGCUAGAACUGGGACCUGAAGGACCACAGCCCCCUCCAGUGGUGACGUCACAAAAAAUCAGCACCACUGUGUACUUUGGUCCUCAGCUCAUGUGUCUGAGAAAGCUGCAGGUGAGAGAGGGAGAGGGCCUCAGCUGUGAGGUGAGAGGAAACCCUCAGCCGCUGGUCACAUGGUUCAGAGACGGACAGGAGGUCGCCCUGCCCACUCACUCAAGCAGAAUGCAUGCUGGGAUAUACACAGUCUCUGCAACAGGAGUUCUCGGACAGAGAAACCUCACAGUGGAGGUGGAGGUGGAGGUCCUUCCUGGCAGUGGAACUACAAACUGCUAUAAUAAACAUUUCCUGUUGGCCAUCAUGCUGAUUCAGAUGUUUAACUGGCUGUAAAACCUAAAAAAAAACCAACGUGACCUGGGAUUCUUCUUUCAUUGUUUUCUGGGUGAGCUGUGUGAAAUGUUUGUCAGAGAAGACUUAUCUUUUUGUGUCUCUCUUUAUUUGUUUAAAUGGACCAAAUUUGUAUUAGCGGCUUAUAGUGCAUCCUCAUUUUCAACAUCUCAGGUCCAAUUAGAAGCAGAUAAAGUUCUAUUUUAAGGGCUUUUACCCAGGUACAUUUUCUUACAGUAUGUUAUUAAACUAGCCUCUGUGUAAUCUGCACAAAAAUCUACUUCCAUGUCUUCCAGACUAAAAUCUGCUCUAGAAACAAAUCAACAUGUAUGUACAGUUUAAUAAUCAACAGCCAUUCUGUUAUAGGUCUGCCUCCCUCGCCCGUUUUUCUUUUCUAUGAGAGGAUGUUUAUGGGCGGUCUGCAUCCUUUGCCAAACAAUGUUUCAGUUUCUGUCCUGUGUACAUAUGUUAUAUUUUCUGUUGUAUAAAGAAAACACAAAAGUG